AUUGGCCGGAGCAAUUCUUCUAACGCCCGUGACUAACUACUGGUGGGGUAGUUUUCCUGCAAACUUGACUAAACAAGCGUACUACGAACAGCUUGUGCAGGAUCAAUGGACACUUCGGAUUUCACACUAUCUUCCCUGGCUGACUUACUGGUGGAACACUCAGAAAUGGUUUCCGUCUUCCAGUGUUGCAACGUUCAGCGAGGAUAUUCUUUUCGAGCAAGAUAGAGUACUAAUGCCUAUCUUCGAUGAAUAUCAGAGUAAAUACCGGGACCUGGUAAGACAACAAGGGGAUUACGAGUCAAUCCACCGUGACCUAAUGAUAGGUUUCGGGACAUGGGAGUUCGAUCCAAUGGAACUAGAGAAUCCUUUCCCUAACGGAGAAGGCUCCGUACACAUUUGGCAAGGCGAUGAAGACGGUCAUGUACCCGUCCUUCUACAACGAUACGUCGCGAAGAAACUACCGUGGAUCCAUUAUCAUGAAAUGAAAGGUGGAGGUCAUAUGUUUCCAUGGGCUGAAGGAAUGGGAGAUAAAGUUAUGAAAACAUUCUUACUUGGAGAGCCCUUUGUUCUAUAAAAUUAUGCUAUGGGGCUUGUUUUAGUAUUGUAUUCAAUGACUCUUUUGUCAUUGAAGAAAUUUGAAUAUUUUGUUAAUAAUUAAGUACUAUUCCUUCCGCUUUAAUUUGUUUGUCUGAUAUUAACUGGACAGGAAGUUUAAGAAUGUAAAAAGGUCUGUGAAUCUUGUAGUAGGCCUUGGCUCGAGUGAAAUGUAUUAAAAUAUCCUUCAGUCUUGUGGUA